UCCUUCCUUCACGUCUUAUUAAGAACAAAGACACGAUCCCAAGAGAAGUCUCGCUGUGUUCCUGGUUUUGUGUUCGAUAUGUCGCUGCUUUCUGAUCUUGUCAACAUGAACCUCUCCGACUCGACGGAGAAGGUCAUUGCAGAAUACAUAUGGGUUGGUGGAUCUGGAUUGGAUAUGAGAAGUAAAGCAAGGACGCUUUCUGGACCAGUUAGUGAUCCCAGCAAGCUUCCUAAAUGGAACUAUGAUGGUUCAAGCACAGGUCAGGCUCCCGGUGAAGAUAGUGAAGUUAUCUUAUAUCCUCAGGCCAUCUUCAGGGACCCAUUUAGAAGAGGCAACAAUAUUCUUGUCAUGUGUGAUACUUACACUCCUUCUGGUGAGCCAAUUCCCACCAACAAGAGAUGCAAUGCUGCAAAGAUAUUCAACCAUCCUGAUGUUCUUGCUGAAGAACUCUGGUUUGGUAUAGAGCAAGAGUACACGCUUUUGCAAAAAGAUGUUAAAUGGCCUGUUGGGUGGCCUGUAGGAGGUUUCCCUGGUCCACAGGGACCAUACUACUGCGGUGUUGGUGCUGACAAAGCAUGGGGGCGAGACAUUGUUGAUUCUCAUUACAAAGCAUGCCUUUAUGCAGGCAUCAACAUCAGUGGAAUCAAUGGAGAAGUGAUGCCAGGACAGUGGGAAUUUCAAGUUGGCCCAUCUGUUGGCAUCUCUGCUGGGGAUGAACUGUGGAUUGCUCGUUACAUUCUGGAGAGGAUUACAGAAAUUGCUGGCGUUGUACUCUCCUUUGAUCCCAAGCCCAUCCAGGGUGACUGGAAUGGAGCUGGUGCUCACACAAACUACAGCACCAAAUCCAUGAGAAGUGAAGGAGGGUAUGAGGUCAUCAAAAAGGCAAUUGAAAAGCUUGGGCUCAGGCACAAGGAACAUAUUUCUGCCUAUGGAGAAGGCAAUGAACGCCGUCUCACUGGACGCCAUGAAACAGCUGAUAUCAAUACCUUUGUUUGGGGUGUUGCAAACCGUGGGGCUUCCAUUCGAGUGGGCAGAGACACAGAGAGAGCUGGCAAGGGUUAUUUCGAAGAUAGGAGGCCUGCUUCCAACAUGGAUCCUUAUGUGGUUACUUCCAUGAUUGCAGAGACUACCAUUCUGUGGAAACCAUGAGAAACACAAAAAGGCCCAUCUUCUGGUUGGUGUUCAUUGUGGGACCUUGUCAUGUUUUACUUCUGGUUUUGAGGUCGACGGUUGAAUGUACUAAUUGCUUCCUGCCUUUUGAUUUUGCCUCUUGUGUAGUUUGUUUGAUAACAGCAAAAUAAUAUCAUCAUUCAUCAAUAAUAUGAAAGGGCUGAUUCCCGCUGAUGUCAUACAAGGAAA